AGACAGCGGCGAAGCAACGAGGACAGCCUUGAGUGGGCUAUGCCGUGCAUGAGGACAAUGGUCGGGCAGCUGCUGGCGCUGCUGGCGCUGCUGUUGGCGGCGUGGGGCGCGCAGGCGACGCCAUCGCUGUACACGAGCUACCAGAACCAGCGGUUCGCGAUGGAGCCGCAGGACCAGACAGCUGUGGUCGGGGCGCGCGUCACGCUGCCCUGUCGCGUCGUCAACAAGCAGGGCACGCUGCAGUGGACAAAGGAUGACUUCGGCCUGGGCACGUCCCGGGAUCUGAGUGGCUUCGAGCGGUAUGCGAUGGUCGGCAGCGACGAGGAGGGCGACUAUUCGCUGGACAUCUAUCCGGUGAUGCUCGACGACGACGCCAGAUAUCAAUGCCAAGUGAGUCCGGGGCCAGAGGGCCAGCCGGCCAUACGUUCCACAUUCGCCGGGCUCACCGUGCUCGUGCCGCCGGAGGCGCCAAAAAUUACGCAGGGCGAUGUCAUCUAUGCCACCGAGGAUCGCCGUAUCGAAAUUGAGUGUGUGUCAAUAGGCGGCAAGCCCGCAGCCGAGAUUACAUGGAUUGAUGGGCUGGGCAACGUACUAACGGAUAACAUCGAGUAUACGGUCAUACCGUUGCCCGAUCUACGUCGCUAUACGGCCAAAUCGCUGCUGCGCCUCACACCCAAAAAGGAGCACCACAACACGAAUUUUACGUGCCAGGCACAGAACACGGCCGACCGCACCUAUCGCUCAGCCAAAAUACGUGUCGAGGUUAAAUAUGCGCCCAAAGUCAAGGUGAAUGUGAUUGGAUCGGGAGGUGGUAGCGCCAUCAAUGCUGUCGCUGGCUCUACCGCUGGCGCCGUUCAGCGUAUUGUGGAGCAUGCACAGGUGCGACUCGAGUGCCGUGCCGAUGCCAAUCCAAGCGAUGUCCGUUAUCGCUGGUACAUCAACGACGAGCCAAUUAUAGGCGGUCAAAAAACUGAGAUGGUCAUACGCAACGUGACGCGCAAAUUCCAUGAUGCCAUUGUCAAGUGCGAGGUACAAAAUUCAGUGGGCAAGAGCGAGGACAGCGAGACACUGGACAUAAGCUAUGCGCCCAGUUUCAAGCAGCGUCCCCAGUCCAUGGAGGCGGACGUCGGCAGCAUUGUGUCGCUCAACUGCGAGGUGGACAGCAAUCCGCAGCCGGAAAUCGUCUGGAUACAGCAUCCCAGCGAUCGGGUGGUGGGCACCAGCUCCAACCUGACCUUCAGCGUGAACAACGAGACAGCCGGACGCUACUACUGCAAGGCGAAUGUACCGGGCUAUGCGGAGAUCUCGGCGGAUGCCUAUGUCUAUCUGAAGGGUUCGCCGAGCAUCAGCUCGCCGCGCUCCCAGUACGGCCUGAUCGGAGAUACGGCGCGCAUCGAGUGCUUUGCCAGCAGUGUGCCGCGCGCUCGUCACGUCUCCUGGACCUUCAAUGGCCAGGAGAUUAGCUCCGAGUCCGGCCACGACUACUCCAUACUGGUGGACGCCAUGCCCGGCGGCGUGAAGAGCACGCUGAUCAUACGCGACAGCCAGCCCCAUCACUAUGGCAAAUACAACUGCACCGUGGUCAACGACUACGGCAACGAUGUGGCCGAGAUCCAGCUGCAGCCGAAGAAGAGCGUUUCCCUGCUGACGACCAUCGUGGUGGGCAUUUCGUCCGUGGCCGCCCUCAUGCUGCUCACCUUCAUCAUGAUCAUCUACUUCAAGUGCAAGAAGCGCACCAAGCUGCCGCCAGCGGACGUCAUCAGCGAGCAUCAGAUCACCAAGAACGGCGGCGUCAGCUGCAAAAUGGAGCCCGGCGAUCGCACCUCCAAUUACAGCGACCUCAAGGUCGACAUAUCCGGCGGCUAUGUGCCCUACGGCGACUACAGCACCCACUACAGCCCACCGCCUCAGUAUUUGACCUCCUGCUCGACCAAGUCCAACGGCAGCUCCACCAUACUGCAGAACAACCAUCAGAAUCAGCUGCAGCUGCAGCAGCAACAGCAGCAUCAUCACCACCAGCAACAGCAGCAGCAGCAACAGCAGCAGCAACAACAGUCGGUAGUGCAGAGCCUGCCGAUGACCUUCCUAACCAACAGCAGCGGCGGCAGUCUGACGGGCAGCAUCAUCGGGGCACGCGAGAUACGCCAGGAGAACGGUCUGCCCAGUCUGCAGUCGACGACGGCUUCGGUGGUUAGCUCCUCGCCCAACGGUAGCUGCAGCAACCAGAGCACAGCGACCACUACCCAUGUGGUAGUGCCCAACUCCAUGGCCCUCAGCGUUGAUCCGCGCUACAGCGCCAUCUAUGGCAAUCCCUAUUUGCGUACAUCGAACUCCUCCCUGCUGCCGCCACCGACGGCGGUCUAAGCCGGUGCUCCCACUGAAAGUCCCAGCACCGGCUGCUGCCCAAGCAACCACUCGCAAGACUGAUCUCAAGGGCAGCGGGUGCUGGGACAGGAGCUGGUAAAGCAGCUGCGACUGGGGUCGGGUAAGUGUGGAGGAUCCUUCAAACGUUUUUAGCAACCAAAAAUUCGAAUUGUAGACACUUAAGGAACUUAAGGAAAGAGCUCACAUGCCGCAUCUGAAUAGGCAGCACAUAACUAGGCUAAAGCAUUCGCCAGAUGACUAUACUAGAACUAUAUGCACACGUAUAUGUAUAUGCAUAACUAACUACAGACAUACUUAGUAUUUUACUCUAAUUUGAAAUCGAUAUACAUACGUAUAUAUCGAUAGGCAUUCGAUUCUUCUUCUUCAACAUUUGUUUUACGCCCAACUUAGUCGAAUGAAUGUCAGAUAUUUAGCGUUACAAAUACAAUUUCUAUCGCUAGUUUUAAGUUGACUGUGCGCCUAGAGGCCAGUUCUACAUAGCAGAUAUGAUAUAUACAUAUAUCUAUAGACUUUAAAUAGUUGAUUGCGCAUUUACAAGUCCCUAGAAAUUGCUGUUAAGACAAACGCCUUACAAAGAUUAUUUAUUACACACAAAUUCAACAAAAAAUAUUCA